UAGCUCUUUAAAUAUUCAUCUUAUCAAUAUGCCACAUGUCAUUUAUAUAUCAUUUUAGGGCUCGCUUUGGUAGAAACUGUUCAAUGAUAAUAUUAUACUUGAAAAACUGAAGUCAUACAUAAGCUGGCAUCGAAAUCAACCAUAUUUUGAAAUACAGUUAACAUUUUAAUCUUUAGGAUAAUGAUGAGAAUUGCGGCUAUAUUCGUAUUUUGUUGCAGAACAGCGGUAAUUCAUGCUAUCCAUGGAACUUCCACUGAGGAAUACAUUCGUUUACAGGAGUCUCUGCUGGAGAACUAUUCUAACGAGAUCCGGCCUGUGCGGGACCAGGAUAAAACUGUGUUCAUCCACACGUCAUAUUAUCUGACCAGCAUUAACGAAGUGGAUGUUGUAGGUCAAAGGUUAAUCACUACUGGUUUCCUUUUCCUUUACUGGAGGGACGAAUUUCUUCAGUGGGAUAAGGAAAGAACAGGGAUCAGUAUGAUGUACUUUAAACAGAAACAUAUAUGGACUCCAGACGUGGUAUUAAAGAAUGACGUUAAAACUUUUGAGGAGCUUGGUGGAGAUUUCUACUACCUGGAAGUGACUUGGGAUGGAUAUGUUAGAUGGCUACCUUUUCAAGUGUUUGAAAGUAAAUGUGACAUAGAUAUAACAUAUUUCCCAUUCGAUGAACAGAUUUGCAAUAUAACUUUUCACAGUUGGAGCUUCACUAAAUGGGAGGUCAACGUAACGUUGUUUCAUGAUGACGAUUUGCCGGUUGAGAUGUACGACUAUGUAGAAAAUUCGGUCUGGGACAUCGUGUUCACCGGUGCUUUGGCAUCCCCAGAUUCAAAAGCCGAGUCUGAAGUGACAUUCAUCCUGCACUUGCGCAGAAAACCUCUUCACUACGUCAUGAAUCUGAUUCUUCCUGUUGUUCUUCUAGGCGUUUUAAAUCUCCUCGUUUUUGUCAUCCCUGCGGACGCCGGAGAAAAAAUGUCUUUCGCGAUGACUGUUUUCCUGUCGUUCGCUGUGUUUUUAUCCAUCAUCAGUAUGCAGCUUCCUGUAAAUUCCGAGAAAACUUCCCUGGUUGGCUCUUACCUCGUAUUUCAAAUGACUCUAGGGGUAGGAACCAUUGUAAUAUCGUCUUUCCAACUAAGACUUCAUUACCGAAAGGCAGAUAGGAAAGUUGGCAGGUUUUAUAGAGGGAUUGUUAAAGUCGAGCGUUUUCUACGGUGCAAGCAACGCUGUGGUAGAUCUCGGAAAGUUUCCGAUCUGGAAGGCGAAACCGAAGAAAGCGAUGAAGACACUGAAUACGUGGUUAAUUGGAAUGCAGUUUCAUCUGCUAUUGAUUUUGUUUCUUUCUGGACAAUGUUGGUUUUUGAAGUUUUAGCUAUCACCAUAUUCGUAACAUUAAUCAAUAGUGCCCAUGGUUAGGUAAGAUCACGAGUACUUAAAUUCAAACCAAACAGGUUUAUUUUCACAACCUACGUUGGAGUAUAAACCAUGGUUUGCAAAUCAUUACUUCCGAACCUUAAACAUUUUACAUAGGCAGAGAUACAAGAAUUAUUAGGAAAAUAGUUUGAAAUGAGAAUUUUCACCCAAAAUUUAAAGUGUAAAUCAAAAUCUAAGCAACCUGUAAAGAAAAAAGGAUUCACGAAAGAUAAAGCGGUAAGCUUAAAACCGCGUAAAAUAGCCCCUCGCGUAUGUUAAAAAAAUCAGAACAUUCGUGUGGUAAAUAACGCAUCCGCGUAUUUAAUACCCACGCGUUGUUUGACUCCAGAAAACUUUUACAGUAUAAGAUGUCAAUUUUUAUAAUGCUUUCUCCUUGUCAUUCAAAUGUGCUAAAUAUAUUUAAACUAACUUUUAAAACACAUAGAACCAUACAAUUUCUUCUAAACAAAGGUGUUUAUAUUGCAAUCUAAAAUAAUAUUUUUUCAAUGGACUUUACAAAUAAGCUUGAUGUAAUGCAACCGAACUGACCCUAAAAGUUUAAUUCGGAUUUUGUUUUAAACUUGUGUCAACAACUCAUUUCUCUUCGUUUAUAAUGAUUUAAUGCUUGACAAAAACUUCUAAAACAGAGCAACCGUGUAUAGUAACGUUUCAUUAAAUAUCGUAGGUAAAAUAGAAAUCAAUUUCAUAACAUUUAACCAUAAAUAUUUAAUUAUUUUGAAAUACCCCUAAAAUAAAUCUUUUACUAUGUUUUUAUUGCUUUUGACAUUUAUGAGACACUUUUGAUUUUUAUGAAAACUAUUCAAAAACGCUUAAUAUUGAAGUAUAUGGUUUAAGUGUAUAUCAUUUAGUAGAUAUCAUCUAUCAUUUUCUAUGUACAUGUGCAAUGGUAAAUAUUUAGAGGUGACUUAAAAUAUAGAUUAAUCAUGGUUGGAAGAUUGAGAGGAAUAUGCAAUACGCUGAUAUAUUAUUACACUAAUUAAUUUGGAAAACGUAUUUGCGCUUUCAUGGCAAAUCUUUAGACAUUCGGCAUGUUUCAAAAUGAACAGGUGCUCGCCGUUGUGUGUGUCGUUAUAAGUCACAAUCGGCAUCGUCGAUUCCAAGAAAUAAACCGGUGUUCGAUAAUAUUGAUUAUUUACAGAUACGCUGGUAUUUGACAUAUCCAGUGUUUUCACACACGAUAUGUUAUCAAAUAUUAACCUUUUGUCAUGCAAAUCAUGUUUUCAUUUACCCAAUACCAUCGAUCAUUUUAUUUUUAAUGAAAUGAAUGUCAGUUGUUUGGAUAUUAUAGAAUUAAAAGUUAAUUAAGUUUAUUUACUUAAGUUUUA